UUGAUUAUGAUAAAUUUUAUUGUAUAAUGAUGAUUUGGUUUUGCUUGUUGAUAAGCCUCAUCACCAAAGCAAGCUCUGAUCUUCUCCAAUAUAAAUGCGUAAACAAAACUUCUUACACUCCUAACAGCACCUAUAAUGCCAACCUUCAUUUUCUUCUCUCCAUUCUUUCCUCCGACACCACCCCAGACAAUGGUUUCUACCACACCACAGUCGGCGACGCCGCUUCCAACGACACCGUGCACGGCUUGUUCAUGUGCCGGGGCGACGUCUCUGCAGACGUUUGCGGCCACUGCGUUGGAGAUGCCAGCAAAAGGAUAUUAGACCUUUGCACCAACGAAAAGACGGGUAUUGUUUGGUACGAUAAUUGCUUGUUGCGGUACUCGGAGAAGUCCAUGUUGGGCAUGGUGGACCAAUCUGCCUGGUUUGCAUGGAGAAACAAGGAUAACGAUACACAAUCAAAUGCGUAUAUGGAGUUUGUGGGAAACGUGUUGGAUGAGAUAAUUACUCGAGCAUCUAUUGGUUCCGCCAAGAAAUUUGCAGUGUUGGAAGCUAAUUUUAGUCCGUUUGAGAGGGUGUACGCUCUUGGACAGUGUACCCCGGACAUUUCUAACGUUGAUUGUCAGAUAUGCUUCAGAAAUGUUAUUGCAAUGCUGCCUGGUUGCUGUUAUGGAGCCGUGGGUGCUAGAGCUCUGUUCCCAAGCUGUAACGUUAGGUAUGAGCUCAACCCUUUCUACAAUCUGUCCGCCAUGGCACCACCACCACCAACUGUGCUUCCCAGUUCCACUAAAAGCAAAGGGAGUAAAGGAAAAUCUUCUGCAAAAGUGAUAGCAGUAGCCUCUGUAGUGUCGGUCACAGGGAUAUUACUCCUCACUGUAAGCUUCUGUUUAUUGAAAAUGAAAAGAGCAAAGAAUUCCCAUGCUGUGAAGGAGACAACUACAGAUGGGGAUGCUCUUACACUCCUAAGAGCUAGCACCGAUAUAGCCAACCUUGAUUUUCUUCUCUCCACAGCUAAUUUAAUUUUCCAACACCCAACAAGAAUUUAUACAGCACAAAGGAAUCAUUUACGGAGAUUAAUAAUUAUGCAUCUUCCAUUUAGAUUCUUUGUGUUAGUCCACAUGCUAUGUGUCUGUUUUCUGAUCACCCAAUCCACCGGGACAAUUUUCCGGCACCUGGGAUAUUAUUGUCCGAACACCUCCACUUAUUCUCCAAGCAGCACUUACAAAUCCAACCUUAACACUCUCCUCUCCACUCUCUCUUCCAACGGCGACCGCAAAAAUGGUUUCUACAACACCACCGUCCGCGGCGGGGCUGACGCCACCGUGUACGGCCUGUUCAUGUGUCGGGGUGAUGUCUCCACCGGCGACUGCGGAAGCUGCGUAAGCAAUGCUACCACAACCAUAUUACGGUUAUGCCCCAAAGAAAAGAGCGCAAUUGUUUGGUACGAUUACUGCAUGUUGCGUUACUCGAACGGGGAUAUAUUCGGGAGAGCCGACCAGUCGGUGAUGUUAAUGUUGUUCAAUGAGUCUAAGACUAAUAAUAAUAAUAUGUCAUCGCCGUUCCGGGAGUUGGUCGGAAACACGUUGGAGCAGAUGGCCGCUCGAGUGGCCGGCGGCGAUGGAUUAUCCGGCAAGAAAUUUGCCACGCAAGAAGCUAACGUGACUGCAUCAUCGUCUAAGGAGAGGAUCUAUAGUCUUGGGCAGUGCACGCCGGAUCUUUCCGACACCGAUUGCAAGACAUGCCUAAGAAGUGCCAUCCAACAAUUGAUUUUAUCAUCGGGUGGUAGUAGAAGCAUCUUCCCAAUCUGUGCUGUGAGGUAUGAGGUUUACCCUUUCUAUAAUAGCACAGCCGCCGGAGCGCCACCACUGCCUCCGGCUCCUAUCCUCCGUCCUCCUCCGCCACCCAUUACUCCCACUGGUUCUUCAAAAGUGAUUAUUGCCAUUGUAGUUCCGGUCAUUACUGGGAUUAUACUCCUCACUGCAAUAUUCUGUUUUGUGAGAAUUAGAAAUGCAAAGAUACGACAUACUAAAUUACAGGAAACAGGUGUCACUGGAGUUUCAGCUGAGGAGUCCACGCAAUAUGAUUUUGCUACUGUUGAAGUUAUUACAAAUAAUUUCUCCCCCGAAAAUAAAAUAGGUCAAGGUGGAUAUGGUUCUGUAUACAAGGGAAUGCUUCCUAAUGGAAAAGAAGUAGCAGUAAAGAGGCUUUCGAGAACCUCAAGACAAGGAGCUCAAGAGUUUAAGAACGAAGUUGAAGUAGUUGCCAAGCUUCAACACAGAAAUUUAGUUAGGCUGUUGGGGUUUUGCUCCCAAGGAGAAGAAAAGAUACUCAUCUAUGAAUUUGUGCCCAACAAAAGCCUUGACUACUUUUUAUUUGAUGCUGAUAAACGAUCUCUAUUGGACUGGUCAAGACGCUACAAGAUUAUAAGAGGAAUAGCACGAGGAUUACUUUACCUUCACGAAGAUUCUCGCCUUAAAAUCAUACAUCGUGAUCUCAAAACAAGCAAUAUACUGUUAGAUGGAAAUAUGGAUCCCAAAAUAGCUGAUUUUGGCUUGGCAAGAAUUUUUGAAAUUGAUCAAACUGAAGAAAGUACAAACAGAAUUGUGGGAACAUAUGGUUACAUGCCUCCUGAGUACGCAAUGCAUGGAGAAUUUUCUGUGAAGUCUGACGUUUUCAGUUUAGGCGUUAUACUUUUGGAGAUUAUUACUGGAAAAAAAAAUCGCAUCUUAUGCCAAUCAAAUAGAUCAGUGAACCUUCUUGGCUAUGCUUGGGAACAUUGGAGGGAUGGCACACCAUUGGAAAUACUAGAUCCAGUCUUUGCAGAGUCGUACAAAGUGAACGAAGUCAUCCAAUGUAUUCACAUUGGUUUAUUAUGCGUUCAAGACGUUGCAGUUGAAAGACCUACAAUGGCAGAAGUAAUGUUGAUGCUUAGUAGUUAUUCUUCUAAUAGUUGGCCACCACCUCGCGAACCUGCAUUUUAUCAUGGUGGGAAUGAGGAGAUGCCAAGAGAGCCAGAGUUGGAACAACCUAUGACGGUAAAUGGAAUGUCAAUUUCUGAACUCUAUCCGAGAAGACUAAUAAUUAUGCAUCAUCAAUUAGGCUACAUCCUAUGUUUCUUAUUGGAGUUCUUGCUGAUCAGCCUUUCCACAGGGACAACCUUCCAAAAUCUGGGGAAUUACUGUUGGAACACCCCAACUUAUACCCCAAAUAUUACCUAUCAGAGUCAGAAUAACAGCUCCACCGUCGCCUCCGGCGACGGGACUAACGCCACCGUGUAUGAGCUGUUCACGUGCCGGGAUGAUGCCUCGGCCGGCAGCUGCGGGCGGUGUGUCAGCGAUGAUCUUAACACAACCCAAUUGGGGCUGUGCCCCAAAGAACAAACUGAUAUUAUUUGGUAUGAUUACUGCAUCUUACGUUACUCGAACGGGAGCGCCGACCAGUUGGUCAGGUUAACGUCGCAGAAUGGGUCUCGGACGACCGGUGACGUGUCGUUCCCGCAGGUUGUCGGGAACACGUUGGAGCAGAUGACUACUCAGGUGACCAAUGAGAGAUUUGCGACUCUGGAAGCUAACUCGACGGCGUCUAAUCCGAGGAUCUAUACUCUUGGGCUUUGCACGCCGGAUCUUUCGGACGACAAUGAUUGUAAGACGUGCCUAACAAAUGCUAUUCAAGAACGGAUUUCAUCGUUUGGGGGUAAUAAAAGCAGCAUCACCCCAAUCUGUAACGUGAAGUAUGAGUUGUUCUCUUCCUACAAUCGCACACCCGCCUCUGCUCCCCCGCCGCCUCCGCCACCUCCGCCACCCAAUUCUACCACCACUCCUGUUACAACUUCAGAAAACAGGGGAAGUUCUUCUUCAAAAGUGAUUGUUGCCGUUGUAGUUCCAAUCACUGGGAUUAUACUCCUCACUGCAGUAUUCUGUUUCCUGAGAAUUAGAAAAGCUAAGAAACGACAUACUAGAUUACUGAAAACAGAUAUGAAUGGAGUUUCAGCUGAAGAGUCCUCACAAUAUGAUCUUGCUAUGAUUAAAGCUAUUACAAGUGAUUUCUCCCUAAAAUGUAAAAUUGGGCAAGGUGGAUAUGGUUCUGUAUACAAGGGAAUGCUUUCCAACGGUCAAGAAGUAGCGAUAAAAAGACUUUCGAAAAGUUCAAAACAAGGAGCUCAAGAGUUCAAGAAUGAAGUUGAAGUAGUUGUCAAGCUUCAACACAGAAAUUUAGUUAGGCUAUUGGGAUUUUGCUCCGAAGGAGAAGAAAAAAUACUCAUCUAUGAGUUUGUGCCAAACAAAAGUCUUGACUACUUUUUAUUUGAUGUUGACAAACAAUAUCUAUUGGAUUGGCCAAGACGUUACAAGAUCAUACGAGGAAUAGCACGAGGACUACUAUACCUUCAUGAAGAUUCUCGUCUUAAAAUCAUACAUCGUGAUCUCAAAGCAGGCAAUAUACUCUUAGAUGCAAAUAUGGAUCCCAAAAUAGCUGAUUUUGGCUUGGCAAGAAUUGUUGAAGUUGAUCAAAUUGAAGGAAAUACAAACAGAAUUGUCGGAACAUAUGGUUACAUGUCUCCUGAAUACGCAAUGCACGGAGAGUUUUCUGUGAAGUCUGAUGUUUUCAGUUUAGGCGUUAUACUUUUAGAGAUUAUUACUGGAAAGAAAAACCGUAACAUCUCCAAAGGAAAUAGAACAGUGGACCUUCUUGGCUAUGCUUGGGAAUACUGGAGGGAUGACACACCAUUGGAAAUACUAGAUCCGGUUCUCGCAGAGUCCUAUAAUGUGAAUGAAGUCAUCCAAUGUAUUCACAUUAGUUUGUUGUGUGUUCAAGAAGUUGCAGUUGAAAGACCUACGAUGGCAGAGGUAAUGUUGAUGCUGAGUAGUUACUCUUCUAAUAGAUGGUCAGCACCUCGUGAACCUGCAUUUUAUCAUGGUGGAAGAGAGGGAAUUCUGAAAGAAUCGGAGUCAGAAAAAUCUGCGAGCAUAAAUGAAGUCUCAAUUUCUGAACUUCAUCCGAGAUAAGGGAGAGUGUGGUGGAGUUCAAGAAUCAAGUGUGAAGUUUAAAUAUGCAUAACUGCAGAAAAUGAGAUAUAUGAAGAGUAGAUUGCAUAUAAUUUUUUAAAGGCUUAUUUUCAAAGUCCUAAAUUGAUUGAUGAUAAAUUUUGAGGAGACUAAUAAUUAUGAUGAAAGAUACUCCACAAUUGAAAUCUUUUGAAUUACUUAAAUUGGUAUUAUUAGAUGUGUCGGUGUAUCACAUAAUACAAUUUUCUUUAUCUUGUCUCAAA